GUCCAAAUAAUUAUCAACAAAAUAAGGUUUCUCAUCCGGCUGGCGAGACCUUCGCACAAGAACACGACUCUCGUCGACGCGUUGGGGUUGGGCUAGUGGGCGGUCGCAAGGGAGAUCUUGCUUUCUACCACUUCUCUCUUCUUUUCUUCUGUUAUUUUCUCUAGAUGUCUGCGCCAACCACACCACGACGACCAGGUGUCAUUCAUCGACACCUUGGUGUACAGUCUGCCUUACCUGGUAUUGUUCCCCAUCACGAUAGGUCACCUUCGCUUCGCGAUUCAAUAAUGAUGGGUGGAGCGCUAGGUGGUUCUCGUCCUCUUGACUUGGCUGCUACUCGUCCGUCGUUGCUUUUCAAACAAUCUCAUGCACCGUUAAGAACGCCAGCGCACGGUCCCACCCUCAACAUCGCGGAUGUAACGGCCACUGCACCAGCGAGAGUUCCUGUACCUAAGCGGCCUCGUGAGGUUGAUGAUGAAUACGAUGCUCGUCCAUUACCUCUUACACCUCGUGCCAAUCGUCGGGCACCAGAUUUAGUAGCGGAAAAGCCACAGGCUCCUUGUACGCCUAUCCGUGGACAGCGCCAACAAACUUGUGAUGGCUCGGCUCGAGCGUCGAAGAAGGCGAAGCUGGAAGAUCGUAUCAAGGCAGAAGAGAAAUUUAGAUACAAGUAUACCAGGGCCUUUCCUACCUUCAAAUUCUACUUUGAUUCAUUAGAUCCUGCUGUCAAAUCCUCUUUCUCACAGCGAAUAUCGGUGCUUGGUGCCCGUGUCGAAGAUUUCUUCUCUAACUCCGUUACCCAUUUCAUCACAAACAAAUUUGUCCCUUCACUUGAUGAAAUUGCCGUGCUGGAGAAUAAAGAAAAUGCUCCAGGAUCCUCCCAAUUAUCACGGGUGGCGUCUCAAUCGCGCAACCAAGCUGCCUUGCCAUCCACAUUACGAAGCCCUAUAAAACUCAAAUCUACAAAGUUUGAUCCUCUUGUUUCGAAAGCUGUCCGUUUCCAGAUGAAGAUCUGGGAUGAAAAGAAAUUUGACAACAUACUCAAUCGACUCCUCCCUGAAACCGAUAUUGUCCCUGUUCACCCGAAAAACCCCACUAUUACCCACACAGUGUCCCAAACACAGCGAGCCGAGGCCUCGAGGCGACCAACUGCUACUGCCAACAAUAAUGCGAACACUCUCUCCACUCUUCUUGAUGCUGAAAAAGCUUCGGGAUUGACUCACGAGCGAGACCCUACCGCUUUACGUCGGGAUUAUCGUUACUUCGGUAAAGACUCACACUGGCUUCUUGUGGAAGAUAUGAGCGAGACGCACGCACCUAUCAUGGUCAAAGAGUAUGGCCGAUGGAAACCUCAUUCGGUCUCUUCAAGACAUGGCUUAUCGUUUAAACGGGCAAGAGCGCUGUCGCUCGAAGAUUUCUCGAAAGAGGCUGAGCCGCCUUGGCCUACUAUUCGUGAUAAGCCUGGGAAGGCAACGCCUUUGUGGCCCAUUGGCCGCUUGGGAGAGUAUGAGGAAGAGGUUGAUGAUAACCAGGAUGGAGACGCAAUGAUGAAUUCAGAUGGGGAAAACGAUGGGUUUAUUCAGCUGCAGGUUGCAACCAGUGGGUUGGAAGAGGACGAAGAUGAAGAAGAGGAGAAUGCCCCUCUGGCUCUUUCACGCUCUGCUCCGGGUGUGCCACCACUCCGCCGAACCGCUUCCAUGCAUGAUCUCGGCCGCUACAUAUCUCUGAACGAUAAGAAUCGAGAUCCUGAUAAUGGGAAUUUCAAUGGAGAAUACAUUGCUGCGUCUGGGAACAGCGUCCUCAUCACUUCCAAUGUGAACAGCACCACAUCGUUUGCUCAGAAUCCCCUUUCCGGUGGGAGUAGUCUCAAUGGGGGACAGUUUAUUGGUGGCGGUGGGGGAUCACGCCAGCUCCAUAAUAAACGUCUUCAUCGACAAGUGUUGACUCAUCGCACACUCGCUCAAGCUGUGAAUGCUACCGGCUCUGGGGAGGAUUCGACAGGGCAUCGCAUUAUCCGGAAGAGCAAGAGCACAAAUGCGAUGCGGGCGUCGUCGUCGAAGCGAAAGGCUCAUUUACCUGCUCGAGAUGAGGUCAAGAAACCUGGGUACUGCGAGAAUUGUCGUGUGAAGUUCGAGGAUUUUAAUCUUCACGUGGCUAGCAGACGACAUCAGAAAUUUGCUAACAAUGAGGAUAAUUUCUGCGCUCUGGAUGACAUUCUCAGUCGAAUCACUAGGAAGACCUUGGAAGAUGAGGAAGAGGAGCGACGUCAAUGGGAGGCUGCUUUGGCGCUUGAGCCACCGACACCAGAAGAGAGCAGGAACUCUGAGCGGCAGGAUUUGGAUGAUGCGGAGGUCUUGAUGGAAUCGUCUGUUGCAAGGAUGCUGGAUGUGGCACCUGGGUGCGAGGAGCAGUGGCACGCCUUGUCUCCGAGUCAUGGUCGACUAGUGAUGGUGUAGGGUUUCAUUUUCCCCGUUAAACUGGUUCCGCUAGGGCGCGUUUGUUUUGGUGCCGAGUCGCUGGUCAGCCGUUCAAUUUGCCUAGAGAUCAUUGGGUCCCGCCCCUACUUUUAUUCUUCCCAACUUUUGGUUCCUUCACGAACUCAUGUACCCGUUUCCAUCAACCCAAACUUUCAUCAUGCAUUUUUUAUUUUUACUUGCCCACUAUGAUUACGAACUCCUUGUUCAUGCGAGCGCACUACACUAGUAUUGCAUAACCACCAUCCAUUUUUACUGUUUCUCAUCACCCUAUCGUCAUUUUUUUCUUUAUCAUUUUCUAUCUGCAUUCUGCAUACUACUUCGCAAUACAAUGGCAAUAAAGGCAUAACAAUCC